UCCACCUCCCUUGCCGGCUUUCCCGUGCGCAAAGCAAUCCCAAAAAACCCAUCACACACAAAAAUUAUCAAACCAAAUCAAAUAUUUUCAAUAACCAAUUUCUUAAACCUUUCCUUAUUAAAUAAAUAAAUAAAUAAAAUUAAUUUUUAAAAGCUUAUUGUAACCCCUUUACGUAGAGAAACGGUCAUCACAAAUUCACAAACAAGAUGAUCAAUUUCAAGAAAUAUUUCUAAGAGAUUGAAGAACAUAACAUCCGUUUUUUUUAAAAGAGGUCUAAUACUUGAAAAAGGGGAUCAUAAUAUUUGGUGAGGAUGGGAACCAUCUUGGUGGUGCUAAUUUUGGUUUCGACGAUGGUUAUGAUGAACAAUGUGUAUGCUGGAGAUACGAAUUCUGUUUUUGAUCCUUGUUCGGAUACACGAGUUCAGAGAUGGGAUGGUUUCACAUUUGGCCUUGUGUUUUCAUCAAAGGAAUCAUUUUUCUUCAAUGAAACACAGCUCUCUCCGUGUGAUCGUCGCCUCUCCCUUACUGGAAAUUCUGCUGAACUCGCUGUUUUUAGGCCUAAAGUCGAUGAGAUUUCACUCCUUACAAUCAAUAACAGCAACUUCAAUCCUAGCAAAUCUGGUGGUUAUAUGGUUGCCUUUGCUGGACGAAAGUAUGCUGCUCGAUCAUUGCCUGCUUUUGUGGCAGACAGUACUCACACCGUUACAAGCUUCACUCUGGUACUUGAAUUUCAAAAGGGCACCCUCCAGAACUUGUUUUGGAAAAAAUUUGGGUGCGAUUCGUGCAAAGGAGAUUCUUUUGUUUGCCUCAAUAAAACUGAUUGUGCAGUCCCCAAUAAUAAGUGCAAUGGCAAUGGCGGAUCCAUUGACUGCAACGUGAGCAUACAAUUGGCCUUUUCAGGAACAGAUAAGAAUGAAGAUGUGCUGAACUCGUGGUACGAGGUUAAAAACCUCAGACAAUACUCCCUCUACGGUUUGUUUCAAGAUGUUAGUGAUUCUCUCACGAGUCCUUUUAAGAACCUCUUUUAGGACCACAUAACGAGUUCUUGUUUGUAUGAUGUGUAAUGACCAUAAGAUCUCUGUUGUGCUUAUCCACGUAACUAGAAUAUAUAUCUCCUUCUUGUUGAAUAACUUGGUGAUUACUACAUAGAAUCAAGCCUGUUUUUGCUUGUACAGAUCUUCUCUCAAGAUGUUUUGUUGUUUAUAGUUUCUCAUUCUUUAUCAUUUUGAUGCUUCUUGUUUUGA